UCCAGAAUUGGAAAUAAAAAACAACAUAGCCUUUGGGGAAUGAUGAGAAAUGGUGCCGAUUAUCAGUCUAGCAAGAAAGCCGACAAACCCCAGAUAAGGGAGCAAUUUGCAAAGCCUGUUUUUCUUCAACACAGAUGUAUAAAUAUGUAAUGUACAUAUAGUUACAGGUGUGUGAGACAAAGACAAAAUAUAUGAUGACCUCAUUAUCAUCAGUCAUUGCAAUUAACCUGAAUGACAGGUGCCCAUCUUGGAUUACACCUAUCCCAGGGGACCCAUCCAUCAAUGCCAGUAUGGAGUGCACUGUCGUGUGUUGUGUGAUAUGUUACACACUAAAGACUUAAUGUCAUGAGAUAUCUUGAUGUAACGACUGUUCACGGAAGCAUGUUAUAAUAAAUCAAGUGAUCACGACAAUACCCCAUACUGAACAACCUGCGAAAACUGGGUAUCACUUGAGAAAAGAAAGUCCUGAGUAUGGAAUAAUCUUUAAAAAACAUAAGCUGUAUUCAGUAAUGUUUAGAAACAAAAACGGAAAUUUAGCAAAUUUCUGAGAAAACCCCCCAAAUAUUUAUAGAACAUAUUUUGAAGGGAAAAAAAGGCUGAAAUAGUGAAAACUUGGAAUUGUGUGUACUUCUAAAACAAAAGAGGAAAUCUAUUUACAGAAACAGAAAGACAGAAAAUGGAUAAAAAGGACUGAAAGCAACAAAAAUGGAUUUUAGAUGAAGCAGAAAUCUGUCUUGAUUGCAUUUUCUUCUAAUUUGUGAUAGUUUUUGUGGCAAAGACCCACAAAUCAAAAAAGUGAAAUAAAAUGUCAGACUGUGACCAUUCCACCACCAUGAAGAACCACAAUUUCCAGAAACCAUCAUGUUGUUUUCGAACUGCUGCUAUGGUUCUCUUCAUUCUGUCUUCAACUGUAGCUGACCUAGCAGACUCCACUGUGGAAAACAGACAACUGUCUCAGAAUGAAAUACUGAGACAGUAUCCCCAGACCAUUAAACAGACAUCGCCGAUAAAUUCUCUCAAAUCUGAACUUAAAUCGAACUCUGUGAACAGAAUAAAUCUUUUAAACGUUCAUCAAGCAGACAAGAGUGGUGGAUUUAAACGUAUUCCUAGUGCAGAGUCUAAAAUUGUUCACAAAGAUGGAACCAGUGUUCAUAGUGCCGAGUUCAGUGAUGUUUCCAUGAAAGAGUUGAUAAUGAAUGUCAGCAGUUCCGAUUUGGAAUCCGAUAGCAAUAAUCAGAAGAGAAUGUUACCAGAGAAUGGAAAUGCUUUGAAAAGCAGAAAAGAAAGGUCUCUACACAAUGCUGGAAAGUUACCUGAUAACAAUCACACAACUCCAAAGCCACUCCCAGCCUCCCCAGCCUCUGCAAAGAUUGGAGUGAUCUCCCCUACCCCGGUGCUGCCGUCGGCAACCAGCGAGUCUCUCCCACCUGGAGAGGAGUACGAGUCUCCACAGGAAAUCCAGGACGACAAGAAUGAAGACAUGCUAAACCUCCUGAACGCCAGAGGAUUCUCCUACACCGCGCUGCCAGAGGACAUGAUGUCCAAAUACCCGGACAUCGUCCAGCAGGUAGAAGCUGAUGAGAUGGAUGGUCCAGAAGGUCAAGGAGAUGGUGGUCAAGGUCAAGAAGGUCAAGGUGAAGUAACAGAAAGUCCAGACAAUGAGGGUAAUGAAAAUGAAGGUAAAGAGAAUGAUGGUAAAGACACGGAAGGUCCAGAAGAAGAAGAAGGGAAUGAGGCAGGAGACAGUGACCAAGGUGAGAAUGAGCAGUCAGAAUCUCCCGAAUCAGCUCGCAACCAGACGGAGUCGGAGACCGGCAGCAGACGCUCGGGUCACGACGAACACUCGGAAAACCAACUCCAGUCGAGCAUGACGGAGCUGCAGUCCGGUGGAAGUACAGACCGGCCGUACAACAGGCACAAUUAUGAGGACUUCAGUUACGAUCCUUACUACGACAAUGCACCGGGCCACACUGCUCUGGCUGGUGGUCAACAGUCUGCCAUCGUUACCCACCAGAUCCACCGGUUGCCCAACAUGGCAGAUGUCAAUUCUAGACAAAACAGAUCAGGUGGAUUUGGUGGUGUCAGAAAUUCUCAUUCACAGCAGAAUCGACCGGUCGGAUUUCUGCCGAUAUUCCAGCAUGAAAACACCUCCAACAGGAAUCCGGGCCACAACCGACCGAACUCUGGAGCGCAGCCACCACCAGGCUUUUUGCCCAUGCAUCAGCUGCACACCAUCGGGUCUGCCAGCACUGGACAGACUCACCCUAGACUCGGUUCUCAGUCCAACCUUGUGGCCGGGUCGGCGACCCAAACAAAAAUUGUCAACACGGGAAUGGCUGCGAGUACUAUUUUCGGAAUCGUAGCCGGAUGCGUGAUUGGUUCAUGGAUGAUUCUCGGACCAAUGAUCUGCCUGCUGUGUAAGUAUCGAGAUUCACGCAGCGAGAAGAGGAAGAGGUUCAGUCCCAGGAUGUACCGCGGUGAUUCCAACAACGGGAUAACGGAGGCCAUGAUUAUGAGCGAGCUAGGCAAGGACCCAAUAAAACUACACCACACCAAGUUCAAACAAAGGGAGAGCACCUACUCAGAGAAAUCAGACACUUUCCACGACGCUUACGAGACUCCUUCACUUUUGUUGUGAUUGCCAUGGGAGACAACUCUAAAUCGUAUCUUUAGCAUACCAAUGUGAGAGUAAACAAAGGGAAAGCACUCAUUGACUUUAACUUCCGAGAUGCUCAGCAUUGACACAUCAACAAUUUUGUUGCGACUGUUACAAGAAACAAUUUUUAAUAAAAACUAACACUUCACAAAAUUUCAUGGUGCUUUUAACACCGUCGCUACUGUUAUGAAUAUCAAGGGAGACAAUUUUACAUACUGUAUUUUACCUUUUCCAUUUAACAUCAAUAAAAUCGUAACUUAUUACAAGCUACAAUGUUUAUUAUCUUUUUAUACUAGUAUUUUCUUUCAACAAAAUCUUUUGCAAGAUGAUAAAAGAAUAGCCUAUGUGGCUGCAGUCAUGUUCUCUUAUUUUCUAGACAAAAAAGUUUGUUUUAAUUGUUUAAUGAAACCACUAGAGCACAUUGAUUUAUAAAUCAUCAGCUAUUCGAUUUCAAACACUUGGUAAUUUUGACAAAUGGUCUUAGAUAGCAUACCUGCACCAUUAGAAGCAAGAGAUCUUUUAUAUGCAUUAUCCCAAAAUUCUAUUAACUUUUUUUUUACUAAUUAC